CAUAGAAGCCGUAUUUGAGGUUUUAUACAAUUACAGUUUUGCUUCUAGGUGUGUGUUUCUAUGUGGCUAGAUGACAGCUGUCUUCCAAUAUGUAAGGAAAUGUUUGUGGAGAUCAUGAAGGUGCCAAGUUGUUUGUCGUUUGGGUGCUGGAGUUUGUUUAUUUUUUGUAGUCUGUUUGUUAUUGCAAACGCUAAUAACCACGAAGAUGAUGAUGAUGCAUGGAUCGAUCCUUAUGACAUGCUAAACUACGACCCAACGACAAAACGCAUGAGAAAAACAACAGAGUCUGCCAGUUACUCAAACGUGCCAACCAAGAGGAGGGAAUUCAACUCAGAAUCAUGUGAAGCUCAACAGUGUCCUGAUGUGUCUGAGUGCACCAGUAAACUAGAGACUUUGCAAAAAGAGUUUGAUGAACAGAAAAAGAAGGGGACCUCCACCUCUACAAAGCCAGUAUGUCUUCCAGUAUUCAAGCGAUUUCUUUCCAAGCUCCUUAAAGAAACGUCAAAACUUGGCCUGCCUGAUGAUGGACAAAUAUCCAUGCAUUAUGACGCUGAGGUGAAGCUGUCCAAGCAAUCGCUGGUGGAGAUCCAGAAGCUUUUGAACGAAGAGGAUGACUGGACCACUGGAGCCAUGGAUGAGGCUCUGAGUCAAAUUCUAGUCAGAUUUAAAGUCCACGACCACGAAGCCUGGAAGUGGCGUUUCGAAGACACAUUUUAUGUAGAUGCUGAUACUGCACUGAAGGUUUCUUCGAUUGUUCUGAUUGUUGUAGCCAUAAUCUGCACUGAGCUCUGGUCUGUGGUCUCCUGGUUUGUCCAGUUCUGGAGAAUGUUUGCUGUUUGCUUUUUUAUUAGCUUGAUCUGGAACUGGUUCCAUCUUUAUAUGGUUGCCUUUGCAGAACACAAGAAGAACAUUGUAGAGGUUGAGAGCUUCAAUGGCAAAUGCACUGGGCUAAAACAACUGGACUGGAAGGACAGUUUAUCAGAGUGGUACAGACGCACAUGGACUCUUCAAGAUGAUCCUUGCAAAAAGUAUUACGAGGUCCUGGUGGUGAACCCCAUUUUACUAGUCCCUCCAACAAGGGCUAUCACAGUCACCAUAACCAGUUUCAUCACGGAUCCCUUGAAGCAAAUUGGGCAGGGAAUCAGUGAGUUCCUCAGAGCCCUGCUGAAGGAUCUACCAGUAACUCUCCAGUUACCUGUGCUGCUCACCAUUGCACUCGCCAUCAUUGUGUUCAUGUAUGGAAGUGCUCAAGCAGCUAUACAUCAAGCAGUUCACCUGCCCCGGCUCGGUUGGCGACGGGACCAGCCACCCCCUGCGGUAGGACAGCGUCAAGCUCCUCAACUAAGGGAGCAUGAGGAAGCUGGUGGUGAUGCUCCACAGCCUCUACAGGUGCACCAGAACAAUAGAAACAGAGUAAAUCAAGCAGAAAACCGAGGUGACCAGGGCUUCAGAGCAGGAGAUGCUUAUGUUCCACAAAACAGACAGGAGGACAGAAGCAUGGAACACAGACAGGACUUUUCUGGUGGUCCCAGAGUGCACCAUAGAGUAGAGACUGUGCGUGCUACAGGUAACAUGUACAGCGAUGAUGAAACUGAUUUUCAGCAGCGGACAGAGGUGGUGGAUCCUGGUACAAUGGAUAAUGCAGAGACUAAAGUGAAGGUUGAGGAAAAGGAGAAAAAGGCAUCUACUGUGGACAAAAAGGAGCAGACAGACACACAGAUUCCAGACAAAAAAAAGGCUGAAACCAAUGUGCCUUCUGCACAAAUAGAUGUGAGAACACUUGGAGCUAAUCAAGGGAAUGAGGGAGUAUCAGCAGAUACUGCUGUUGAAGAAGAAGGUUGUUCAAGCAUUAAAAGUCCAGUUCAAGAAACACUGCAAGAAAGUCGUCUCUGAACUCUCUUUGUGUCAUUCACUUUUUAAUUAAAUGUUGGGAAAUUUAAAUAUAUUUUAACUUUUUUUCCUAUAUGUGUUAACUCUAAUUUUUAAGUAAAUCUCAUGAUGUAGCAUUCAGAUGUUAUAAAGAGCCAAUGAAAAGUACAGGAUUUUUGCUUUCAUUCAGCUGUCUCUAUUAAUUGUAUUUAUGUUUAUGGACAUUAUACUGACACCUACUGGCCAGGAUGUAUGAAGUUUGGUUACUAGAUGCUGCUGCUUCACACAAAAACUGUUCAUUUUUUAUUUCUUCUUUUCAUUCAUCAGACACAUUCAUAAUGAACACUAUUGGAUUAAAUCAUUACUUUUUUGUGUGCUGUUAUAGGGUGUCUAAGCUGUUACAACUUGAUGUUAAGCUUGUUUCAUCACCCCCAGCAGAAAAUGGACGGUUUUACCAUUUUUUUUCUAGUUAUACUCAUGCAUUUUGGAUCAGUUUGAUGAUGUCAACUCAGUGUCCAUUACUGUGUCAGUGUUUUGUUGCUACAUUGUUUGAUUUGCUUAUUUUGUUUACAUGUAAAUUUGAUUAUGCUUUGUAAAGUGCCUUUAGCACUGUCUGAAAGCACUGUAUAAAUUAAAUAGAAUUAUUAUUAUAGUUAUUAUUAAGGCAGUCAAUUUAUUUGAUAUAGCUGGAGAUGAUGUGAUCUUAAUUUGGCAGCAACCCAUAAGAGGGCGGCCCACUUCAUGUAGAAUUAAAGAUUUCAUUGACAGUCAGUGUGACAUUUCUCAAAGGUGCUGAUCAUUUCUUUGUGAAAAACUGGUGCACUUUUACCUCAGUAGUGUUCUCAUUAAAAGGACGCUGUAUUAUAAAUAGCAUGUGCUGUUUUUGUUCAUUUUGAGAAAGGGUUGCGAUGCUAUGCAUAUGGGGAGACUCCUGUUUACUUUGAAUACUGAAGCCUGAUUUGUUUAUGUUCGUGAAGCUACAAGAAUAAAUAUCACUUUAACCGCAAAAUGGGUUGGAGCCGACUACUAUAUAAUUACGAACGCCAUUUAAUAAGAAACUUUCUGAAUGAUAGUG